AUGAAAUGAAUAUAGUGGUUAUGUUGUUUUUCAUAUCCCUUGACGAAAUCGACGACAAAUCUUGUUGCAGUUCGUAAGAAUCGAUCGCCUUAACUCAACUCAAGCAAAUCGGAUACUCUGAAACACAAACUCCACCAUGCCUGUUUUUAAAACGCCGUUCAAUGGCUACUCUGUCAAAUUCUCUCCCUUCUACGAGUCGCGCCUCGCCGUCGCCACUGCCCAAAACUUCGGCAUCCUCGGAAACGGCCGUCUCCACGUACUCGACCUCUCUCCUAGCGCUCCCACUCUCUCUGAACUCGUCGCCUUCGACACUGCCGACGGUGUUUACGACGUCGCCUGGUCCGAAUCUCACGACUCCCUCAUAAUCGCCGCAAUCGCCGACGGCUCAGUCAAAAUCUACGACACGGCCCUCCCGCCCGCUGCCAACCCGAUUCGCUCGUUCCAGGAACACACUCGCGAGGUCCACUCUGCCGAUUACAGCUCUACGCGCCGCGACUCUUUCUUAACCUCGUCCUGGGACGACUCUGUCAAACUCUGGACCGUCGACCGUCCAACCAGCGUCCGCACGUUUAAGGAACACGCUUAUUGCGUGUACAACGCGGUGUGGAACCCACGCCACAGCGACGUGUUUUGUUCCGCCAGUGGGGACUGCACGCUCCGUAUUUGGGACGUGAGAGAGAUGGGAAGCACAAUGAUAAUUCCGGCUCACGAGUUUGAGAUUCUGGCUUGUGAUUGGAACAAGUACGAUGACUGUUUGGUGGCGAGUGCAUCAGUCGAUAAGAGCAUUAAAAUUUGGGACGUCAGGAGUUACAGAGUGCCCAUAGCGAUUUUGAACGGGCACGGCUAUGCCGUUCGAAAAGUGAAGUUUUCACCGCACAGAAGGAACUUGUUGGCGUCGUGUUCGUACGAUAUGAGUGUGUGUUUGUGGGACUUUAUGGUGGAGGAUUCUUUGGUGGGGAGACACGAUCAUCAUACUGAGUUUGCCGUUGGGAUUGAUAUGAGUGUGCUUGUUGAGGGUUUGUUGGCGAGUACGGGUUGGGAUGAACUCGUUUAUGUGUGGCAACAAGGAAUGGACCCGAGAGCGGUUUGAUUCAAAUGGAAAAACUUGUUUUUGCUUUGUUUUGGUUUUGAUAAAUACGAACAUACUUCUAUAAACUCAUUAAAUAAGAUGAUUUAUUGGAGGUUAGCAAUUGGACCUUGGUAAAUUGUGAUAUAUAUAAAACAAAUUGAAAGCUCUUGUUGCUGAAGUGAGUAGAUGAGACCUUAAUGUUAUAAUCUUUUGUAAUGUUGUAUCACACGUAGAUUCUCAAGUGCCAAAGUCUAGAUUGUCAACGCCAGGUACUAGAAAUGAGUUUGAAUUUUUUUUGGUUAUCAGUGUUUUAAUAUACGGUUGUGUAAGCUUGUUCAAUAAUUCAAACGUCCUUAGGGCUCA